AUGGACCAGUCAGAUAAAGAAGACAAUGAGAUGAGAGAUGAGCCAGCUGAAGAAGAUGUCCUAGCUAUACCAGAAGGUCCUAUCACUCGUUCCAAGAGUAAACAACUCAAGCAAGCCAUUGGGGGAUUACUCAUGAUAGCCUGGAAGCAAGAAGAAGGUACUAUGGCUAUUGACGCCGAGGAAGAUGAAGGAGUUAGCCUCGAGCAUAAAGCUUUGCUUGAAGCUUUGACUCGCCGUAUGAGUACGAUGAUGGAAACAAGAUUGGGUACUUUCCGCGAAGAGGUUGAUGCGCAAUCUUCAGAACCUAGACGAGAACCCAGGCAGAACCGACGCACGCAGGCUAGACGUGAGCAUGAGGGUUCAGAGGAGACUGAUAACUACUACGAAAGAGAUCGACACAGCUCAGAUUCUAGACACAGCAGUCGUAGUAACCAUAGACACAGGCGUGAUCAUUGGCAACGCAAUGAACUCGCGGGAGUAAAGCUGAAAAUCCCUCCUUUCCACGGCAAAGCUGAUCCAGAUGCCUAUCUUGAGUGGGAGAAAAAGAUUGAGCUGGUUUUUAACUGUCAACACUACACGGAGCUUAAGAAAAUUCAAGUGGCUGCUACCGAGUUCUACGAUUACGCUUUAAGCUGGUGGGAUCAAUUGGUUACAAACAAACGGCGCAAUGGUGAGUUUCCUAUUGAGACAUGGGCGGAGAUGAAAGCAGCAAUGCGCAGGAGGUUUGUGCCGAGCCAUUACCAUCGUGAUCUUCAUCAGAGAUUGAGAAGGCUCACACAAGGAUCGCGAUCUGUAGAAGAGUAUUUCCAAGAGAUGGAAUUGUUAAUGUUGAGAGCUUGUAUAUCAGAGGAUAGAGAGGCUACUAUGGCACGGUUCCUUGGAGGACUUAAUCGUGAGAUACAAGACAAUGUGGAGAUGCAGCACUAUGUUGAGCUGGAAGAGAUGUUGCACAAAGCAAUUCUGGUGGAGCAACAGAUUAAGAGGAAGCAUCAUUCACGUGGGAGCUACGGUACCAGCAAGUAUCAGCAAGUUAAAGACGAGAAACCAGCAUAUCAGAAGGAGAACAAGUCUCAGCAGAAAGAAGAAACAAAGCAAGGCAGCAUUUUUACCAAAGACAAAGACAAAGGGAAAGCUGAAGCUACUUCUUCUCGGACCAGAGAUGUUAAGUGUUUCAAAUGUCAAGGGCGUGGGCAUUACGCAAACGAGUGCACCAACAAACGUGUUAUGAUCCUCUUGGAGAAUGGAGAAUUUGAAUCUGAGGAUGAGAAGCUUGAUACUGAUCAGGAGCAUUCCGAGGAAGAAUAUGAAGAAGAACCAGUGCGAGGGAGAUUGUUGGUUGCAAGGAGAACUCUCAGCUUGCAAAAUAAAACCGAGGAGCUUGAGCAGAGAGAAAACUUGUUCUACUCACGCUGCAUGGUUCAAGGAAAGAUAUGCAGUCUGAUCAUUGAUGGUGGAAGCUGUGUUAAUGUUGCUAGCGAGACAAUGGUGAAGAAGCUUGGUUUGAAAACUCAAAAGCAUCCUAAACCUUACCGGCUGCAGUGGCUUAACAAAGAAGGUGAGAUGAGGAUCUCCACACAAGUCUCUAUACCUUUGUCCAUUGAGAGAUAUGAAGAUGAGAUACUCUGUGAUGUGAUACCAAUGGAAGCAAGUCAUAUCUUGCUUGGAAGGCCGUGGCAGUUUGAUAGGAGAGUUACACAUGAUGGCUUUACUAAUAAGCACUCUUUUGAGUUCAAUGGCAAGAAGACUAUUUUGGUGCCUCUCACUCCUAAGGAAGUGCAUCAAGAUCAGUUGCAGCUUCAGAAGAAGAAAGAAAUAGAUCUCAAACCCGAGCAACACAAGCAGCACAACUUCUAUGCCAAGAUUGGUGACAUCAAAAGAUCUCUUUACUCUAAUCAGCCUAUUCUUUUGCUUGUGUUUAAAGAAACUCUCUUGAAUCUAACUGAUUUUACACCGGAGUAUCCGAGUGAGGUGUCAGCUCUUUUACAGGACUUUGAAGAUGUAUUUCCUGAAGAUAAUCCAAUUGGUUUUCCUCCUAUACGUGGGAUUGAGCACCAGAUUGAUUUUGUACCAGGAUCUACUCUUCCUAACAGGCCAGCAUACAGAACUAACAGUUGA